AUGACUUCAAAGGACAUCUUGGCGCGGAUCUCGGACUCACAUGACCCAAACAAAACCACCAACACCCCCCCCCACACUACUCGGUCAAACACACAGUUCUGGACUGCUCUAACGCUGUGCAUGAUGGAGAGUCCCCACGAGCACCAGCAAACGGUGCUGCUCUCGCGCAUUAUCACGAAUGUGGAGAAGCUGAACGAGGCUGUCAUGGCCAUGAACAAAAGCCUCCAGGAGGUCAACAUCCAGAACAUGAACGUGGAACUGGUCGCCCAGAUGUUCAAGAACUACCAGUCGAAUGUUCUAUUUCAUCUGGAAGCUACGGAGAACCUGAAAGAGCCUGAAUCAUCAUCUUGA